AUGCAGCGCGAAAAAGCAUGGUCCAUUCGUCCAUACCCAUGUACUGGGAUAGGAAUGUUCCUCUCACCCAGCAUAUCCCAACAUCCCGCCUAUGCAGCGCUCCUUCCCAGUCUCAAAGCCAGCGGCAAGUUCCUAGAUAUCGGAUGCUAUAUGGGCCAAGACCUCCGCAGACUAGCCCAUGAUGGUGUUCCGGAGGCAAACUUGAUCGGCGCCGAUAUAGUCAAUCAUUGGGAUCUUGGAUAUGAGUUCUCCAAUGACAAAGACCGCUUCCACGCGCAAUACAUCGAAUCCGACCUUUUACAUCCGAACGAGGCUAUGCAACGACUAUUUGGCCAGAUCGAUGUCGUCUCCCUCAUACACGUCCUACAUCAAUGGGACUGGGACACGCAAAUCCUAGCUUGUAAGGAAAUUGCCAAGUUCUCUAAGCCAGGUAGUAUGGUCGUUGGAUACCAAGGUGGAACGAAUGACAUCGCCAAGCGAACAAAACGGAACCUGGAGAACGGGCAGAAAGAGUUUACGCUGCAUGACCCCGAGACUUUCCGGAACAUGUGGGAUAUUGUUAGUGAGGAUAUGGGGAUGAAGUGGAGUACGCAAGCGGAGAUUGUGCCAUGGAACGAGCUGGCUACUCGUAUGGAGGAUGUGACGUAUCUUGGGGAGGACUUUGCGCUGUUGAGAUUUUUGAUAACGAGAGUUCGCUGA